ACGAGGAUACACUGAACGCACCAUGACACUGGCAGCUAGCCUAGCCGGCUAACUUGGCUAAUCUGAUUUAUCGUCUCGGCUAAGCGCACGUAACGCUAGCCAGGAUUACCAAAUUUAGUUUUCCCAUAUCUAGCGUUUAGCGCACCAUCUAUCUGACAUCAAAGAGCCACUCAUUUCCAGGAUGGCGUCGCUCGGGGAGCCUGUGCGGUUGGAAAGAGAUAUUAACCGGGCUGUUGAACUGCUCGAUAAGCUCCAGAGGACAGGGGAAGUGCCUCCCCAGAAGCUGCAGGCGCUGCAGAGGGUCUUACAGAGUGAAUUCUGUAACGCUGUCAGAGAAGUUUAUGAACAUGUGUAUGAAACAGUGGACAUCAACAGCAGUCCUGAAGUCAGGGCCAACGCCACAGCCAAGGCUACUGUGGCAGCUUUUGCAGCGAGUGAGGGACACUCACAUCCACGCGUCGUGGAACUGCCCAAGACGGAGGAAGGCCUGGGUUUCAAUAUAAUGGGUGGAAAAGAGCAAAACUCACCUAUAUACAUCUCACGGAUCAUCCCAGGAGGCAUCGCUGACCGUCAUGGAGGCCUGAAGCGAGGCGACCAGCUUCUCUCGGUUAAUGGAGUGAGCGUGGAAGGUGAGCACCAUGAGAAAGCUGUGGAACUCCUCAAAGCAGCUCAGGGCACAGUGAAGCUGGUAGUAAGGUACACACCCAAAGUCCUGGAGGAAAUGGAGUCGCGCUUUGAGAAAAUGAGGUCGGCGAAGCGUCGACAACAGAACAACUAUCCCCAGUAGGAUUUUUCCGUGUUGAUGCCCAGCUCCCAUGUCUCUCCUGCUCUAGCCUUCUGGCCAUUUGUUCUGGUCGCUUUCUUAUCUCCCUGCCCCAAAAAAACAACAUAACAAAACAUACUACAAGUUUAGUUUUAGUUCCUACUCACACAUACUGUAUAUUGUGCUUCUACCCUGUUCUGUAGCAUUUUUAAUAUUCGCCAUUGUUACACUGGACACUACAACUCUAGACAAACACUAGAAUGAACAUGAUUGUCAGUGUAGGUGGUCACUCACACGUGUGCAUUAUUUUUGAAUUGACAAUUUGAAUGCAACCAACUACACAAUUCCUUUGACUGGAAAGGUAGUGUUUUUAAUUCUUUUAUCACAGCCACUACCAAGUGCCUCAGGGCAAACACAUUUAUCUUAUGUACUGUGUUCACCGUUCUUUCUUUCUUUUUAAUGGUUUAAAGUCAGGUAUUGGUAAUGAUAUGCUUGUGGCAGGAGUUACUACAUGCUUUUCAUCUGUUAUUCUCAACGAUCAUUUUAUAGAAGUACACGCUAAACAUAUGUAAAACCUUUAAUUGUGAAAACUUAAAAAAAAAAAAAAAGAUGCAGUUACAUUUUUAUUGCUGCACUACAAGCUUUGGGGUAGUUGAAUUAGUUAAGAAGGGAUAGUUUAUAUGUUUGACGAUAAGGGAAACCACUGAAAGGAAACUUCCAAACAAAAGUGAUGGAUUAUACUGGUAUUUAAGGGUUUUCUCUGGGCUUACCCUUUAGGUUUUCUAACGUCAUACCACACUAUAAAAAGCCCAGCAGGUACUGUAACUGAUGUAAUGGGGUCUCAGCAACUUUUGAACUAAAUUCCUGCCACCACCGAGACUUUUAUUUAAAGUAAUUAAUGAGAAACAUAACUCUUGCAAGUCAGCGUGACAUGAGAUGAAACCUGUUCAGCUUCUGAUUCAUUUGUCUUGACGUAAAUCAGGAAUGUUCUGUAUGUCAGGAUUUUUCUCCUCUUUCAGGCACAAUACUUGAGAUGAAUGAGAAUGAGAAGUCAGUUACUUAACAUUUCUCUUUGAUCUUUGCUAAAAACAGCCUGUGAGCAUUGUUUGCGUCAUUCAGUGAAAAGUUCAAAAUGAGGGAAUAACAAGACACUCUUGAUAACGAGCAAUCUGAUAAUCUGAAACAACCCAUGUCACAAUAAUGCCUAAUGUGAGCUUUCAUCAUUGUUUUGAUGAAUGAAAUGGCAGAUGUUGAUUCACACAUACUGUAUUUGGCUUUACACAGCGUUUAGAGGAUUAUGCCCUAAAUCUGUUGCAUUGGCACAUCUUUCACUGUUAGUUUUCUGUCCGUUUUUAACAUUUUAAUAAUGAAUGAACAAUAAUAAAAUAAUAAUAAAUAAUGAACAACUUCAUUUGAACAUUUUGAUCCUGGUUAUCACUCAGGUCUUUUAAAGGACUUGGAUUAAAGUUGUAAGAUGACACAGGUGCUGGGAUAAGAUGUAUAGAAAAAUGUCUUGAAAUUUAAACAACCAUUUACUUUUAGGAUGCUCGUACUCGAUGCAAAGACGUGGGUACGCACACACAUUUCAAUAAUGUAAUAGUGCAGUUAGUCCAAACUUCUUCAGUGUGUCACUACAGAUUUAUCUCCAUAUGUGGACAUUUUUGUCAUUAUUCUUUUAUCAUCACGAACAAUAAUUUUUGCUCCAUUAAAGCCAAACACUUAGUGGCACCCAUUUACUCUGUAUGUAAUGUACAAACUGCAUAUCAUGUUAAAAUAAGAAUGAUGACAAACAUUUUAUUACUAAAUACUGCCAAACAGUCAAGUUUGUUCUGAUAUGAGGUUUUAAGCAGGCUAAUGUCAUACAGUGUCAAUAACACCCGAUAUACUGUAUAUGUAGGCACUCCUACUACGUUUACAUAUACAACACUUAUAAACUAAGUCUUUUUUAUAGAUUUAAAGUGUUUGCAGAAUGCAUGUUUAGUUAUCAUAUUAAUAUUCCUCAUAUCACGACGAAUAAACGUCUUAUGCUGUGGAAUAUUAAUGCUUAAGAAAAACUGAUUGAGAAGCCCAACAUCCAACCCUUAUGCCUACAUGCAACGUGUCAAUCAAACAAGUUUGCAAGUCGUGCUUUUCUUUCACAUACUUUUAUUAGUCAAUAUAAAACAACAAAAGGGAGUUUUUUACAGACUUUUCUUGCUUUCCCAGCAAAAGGAAGGAUACGUCAAUUUCAAUAUAAAUGACUGUCUGUUAGAACCCGCUCAUCAUUCAGUCUUUCAGCGUGUGCAGCCACAAAAUAUGCCCCAGAACAAAUUUAAUUUCAGAUAGUUAUUCACAAAAGUGUUCCGUUGUAGAUGCAACGUCAUGUAUAUAGCGUAACGUAAACUAGGCUGUAGCUGACUAAGCCUUGCUAUCGUCCAGUCUCAGGAUCAACACAUAGUUGAGACAGGAAGGUAGUAACGAUGUAGUGAUUUAUCUGGUGUGGACAUUAGGUGGAUGGUGGAUAAAGUGACAGAAACACACAGCAGUGUAUGAAAAGCAGGAAAACUUUGCCUUCAGUGUCGCUCCAGUCUCUCUUUGAAUUGUGUCCUCCAGUUUGCUCUUUAUAAAUGAAUUCCUUUUUAAUGCAGUUCAGUGUUGAACACAAGCGCGUGGCGUCUGCUGUCAUGGCUGACAUGACCUAAUGCCUGUGACUCCUGGUUUCUGUUUGCCUGUGUAGCUGCUUUUGUGAUGUCGUUACUCAAACCCUUUUCUGUUUUUCAUUUGGUGCUUUUGUUGCUUUAUCCACCAUCUCUAAACAUACAGUAAGUUCCAAUAAGGUUCAGCUGCCUAUGACAUUAAUCGCUCCAACACAUUGUAAAUAGCUCAUUCAAAGGUUUUGGUACUUUUUGGCAUAAAACAUGUGAAAUUGUCCACAAUCAGUGAUCAAUCCUUUAGGUGCUAAAUUUGACCUUUUAAGAAGAUUCCUUACCAUCACUAAAUACACUGAAACACAUCGUGUGUUUAAAAAAUACAAUUAUUAGUGUAAAGUUAAGGAAAGAUUGGAUUUUUUCCACAGGAACAUCAGUUGGUGAUAAUGUAAUAUUUUUUUCUUAAUAAUUGGGACUAAAGUAAAAUUUAGAGCUAACAAAUCUCUCAUGUGCAUCUUGUCCAUUACAGUCUAUACAUACAUGUGUCUAUAAUUACCCUCCAUGUCAACUCAAAGUCUGCUGUUCCUUCAAAUAUCAAAUUGACUUGCAGGACGGUUUCAUUAACUUUUGCCGAACUGUAUGUUACUUUAAUAUUCGUUUUUAAAUUGUGCAAGUAAUAUAAUGAUACAUGAUGAGCACGUUGCCUAGUCGUAUUUAGUGCGCGUGCUCCCUGUAAUCCAUUACUCCCUGUAAUCCAUUACUCCUUAUGAAAAAUGCUGAAUUUUGGGACAAAGUAAUAAAGUAAAACUGAAUGCAAGUCAAUUAUCUAUGCAAGGUCAUUUAAACACUUUGGAAAUAUCUGGUAAUGGUGCAAAACAGCUGUCAUUUUACAGCAGAAUGUUAUUAAAAAUUACUACUCAAAGACUAUGUAGACAAACGUCUAAUGUAAUACAACAUGUUCAACAUUUUCGGGACCGCUGCACUCUGACACAUUGGAGUUACGUAAUGUUAUGAGACCUUUACAAUGUUUGUUAUUGUAACAUGCUCACAUUGAUCACCAUUGAUUGUAGUUGCAGUGAACAUUUCCACAUGAUAAUUAGCCUUGCUAUUUAAUUAAUGAUUGUCAGGAUGCAUGUAGAAGACUAGGCGUAUGUGAAAGUGUGGUUAGCAGUAGACCAUCCCAUAGGCUACUUCGAGCAUACUUUGGUUUCGAGGCAGAGAAUUUAGCAGAAGACUCGGGGUGUACAUAGAAGUUUAAAGGUCUUAAUAUGGUGUAUAGAAUGUCCCUUCAUUGUGUUUUAUCCAGCAUUAGCCAGCUAGACUCGACGCUUACACACAUGUAUAGUAAAUCAGGAAAAAAUGUAAUGAGACUUGGUAUUGAUAUUGCACAGUCACACUCUCCACUGAAUGUCACUGACCAUUGUCUAACUUAGUUGCGACAUUUUGUGAAGUACCCUUCAACUUUCUACCCGUUUUCCUUGUCUAUAUAUUGGAAUGGUCAAUAGAGUAUUUUUUAUAAUACUUUUCUUUUGAUAUUUUUCUCAAUUUUUAUAAGUGAUUUUCCUAAAAACAAAUACAAGGAAUGAUUGGUACUUCCAUUUUGACUGUGUACCAGGGCCAUAUCAGCAAAGCCUCUCUGAAAAGCAGUGCUGGUGUAGGAUGGUUGCGGAGAUCUCUCGACUGUAUGAACGUACAGACUUCAGAGAGAAACCGUCCAAUAUCAGCACUUCCUUUCUCAGACCUGAACUGAUUUUUCUUUUCUUUCUAGUACCAAGACCAAACUUGCAACAUUUGUGAAAACUUUGAUAAUGUUUUGAAAGUCAGUGCUUGUUUAGGAUUAUUACCUGUAGAUUGUGUUGUCUUAUUUUGUGUUUUCUGGUUUUCUUACCUAAUUUACUGUGUUACAUUGAUGUGGAAUGUAAAAUGUUGUGAUGUAGAAGAUAAUAAUUGGACUGGAUGCUAAAUAAACAGUGCUUAAAUUUA